UUUGGCAGCAGAGCAACUAGCUAGCAACUAGCAAGCAGCAACUAAAUUCUCUCCUUUUUCCUCGACUCUCUCUUUCUGUAUUUAAACACCUUCCCCUUUCUCACACUCUCAACCAACACCUUCCAUUUCACACCUCUCCCUCUGCGCAAGCACCAUGGAGAGAUAACACCACCUCUUCCAACAACCACAGGUAUAAGUUGUCUGUGAAUUCCCUCGACGACAUGGCGAUAGGGAAAUAUUCUAGAGUGGAUGGCAGAAGAUCAUCAGGUUACUGUUCGACGGUGACUGUUGUCGCGUUUGUGGCUCUAUGUUUGGUGGGAGUCUGGAUGAUGACAUCGUCUUCUGUAGUUCCUGAGAAAAGCGGGGAUGUGUCUCAGGAGAGUAAUAACGAGGUGAAAGAACAGACUGAGGUUAAAGAACAAGUUAGCGAGACUGAUAAUAGCAGCAGUAGGCAGUUUGAAGAUAAUCCUGGUGAUUUGCCUGAGGAUGCAACCAAGGAGGACAGCAAUGUCUCCUCGGAAGAUAGCUCUAACUUGCCAGAAAAGCAAGAAGAGAAAUUGCAGGAAAACUCUGUAGAUAAUUCUUCUGAAGAUGCAAAUACAGAAGAAGCAGAUAAGAAAAAAGAGGAUGAAGGUUCCAAGACAGAGAAUCUUGAAUCAAACGCAGAUACUACAGAUAGUAACAAAGAAGAUAGUGGUGAUACUUCCAGUAAGGAGUCUGAUUCUGAUGAGAGUGAAAAGAAAAAUGAAUCAGAUGAUGACAAGAAGUCUGAUUCAGAUGAAAAUGAAAAGAAAACUGAUAACUCUGAUGAAACAACAGAUACUAGGAUAGAGGAGAAGGUGGAACAAAGUGAUAACAAGGAAUCUGAUGGAAGCUCUAGCGAGAAGAGUACAAAUGAGGUAUACCCUUCCGGGGCUCAGUCAGAGCUUCUUAGUGAAAGUACAACACAAACUGGGUCUUUUUCAACUCAGGCUGCAGAGUCAAAGCAUGAAAAGGAGGCUCACGAAUCCUCCAAGCAGUACAAGUGGAAACUUUGCAAUGUCACCGCUGGCCCUGACUUUAUCCCAUGCCUUGACAACUGGAAAGCGGUUAGGAGUCUUCGGAGUACUAAACACUAUGAACAUCGAGAAAGGCACUGUCCUGAAGAACCCCCUACCUGCCUUGUCAGUCUUCCUGAAGGAUAUAAACGCCCAGUUGAAUGGCCGAAGAGCAGAGAUAAGAUAUGGUAUUACAAUGUUCCUCACACUAAGCUUGCUGAAGUUAAGGGACACCAAAACUGGGUUAAAGUUACGGGGGAGUACCUUACUUUUCCUGGUGGCGGAACCCAAUUCAAGCAUGGUGCACUUCAUUACAUUGACUUUAUACAAGAGUCUGUACCUGACAUUGCUUGGGGAAAGCGCACACGUGUUAUAUUAGAUGUUGGAUGUGGUGUUGCUAGCUUUGGAGGUUUUCUCUUUGAAAGAGACGUACUUGCAAUGUCACUCGCACCAAAGGAUGAACAUGAAGCUCAGGUUCAAUUUGCUCUUGAAAGGGGUAUUCCUGCUAUAUCUGCUGUGAUGGGCACAAAGAGGCUUCCCUUCCCUGGGAGAGUAUUUGAUGCAGUCCAUUGUGCAAGAUGUAGAGUUCCAUGGCAUGUAGAAGGUGGUAAAUUACUUCUGGAGCUGAAUAGAGUAUUGCGACCUGGGGGUUUUUUUGUGUGGUCUGCCACUCCUGUUUAUCAGAAGCUUCCUGAAGAUGUUGAAAUAUGGAAUGCCAUGAAAGCACUAACAAAAGCGUUAUGCUGGGAACUUGUGUCGAUCAACAAGGAUCAACUUAAUGGAGUUGGUGUAGCUGUAUACAAGAAGCCACUUUCUAAUGAGUGUUAUGAGAAACGAUCAAAGAAUGAGCCUCCGCUCUGUGGGGACUCUGAUGAUCCUGAUGCUGCAUGGAAUGUUAAAUUGCAAGCUUGUAUGCACAAAGUGCCAAGCAGUUCAAGCGAAAGGGGCUCAAAAUUGCCAGGGCAGUGGCCGGCCAGACUGACCAAAGUGCCAUACUGGUUGUCGAGUUCCCAAGUUGGAGUUUAUGGAAAGCCUGCCCCUGAAGAUUUCACUGACGAUUAUGAACACUGGAAACGUGUAGUGUCCAAGUCUUACCUAAACGGCAUCGGAAUUCAGUGGUCAAAUGUGCGGAAUGUCAUGGAUAUGAAAUCUGUCUAUGGAGGAUUUGCUGCAGCUUUGAGAGAUUUGAAUAUCUGGGUAAUGAAUGUAGUUUCAAUAGACUCCCCAGAUACCCUUCCCAUUAUUUAUGAACGAGGUCUUUUUGGUAUAUAUCAUGAUUGGUGCGAAUCAUUUAGCACCUAUCCUAGGUCGUAUGAUCUCCUCCAUGCAGAUCAUCUGUUCUCGAAGGUUAAGAAAAGGUGCAGUUUAGCUUCUCUAGUCGCUGAAGUUGAUCGGAUUCUCAGGCCUGAAGGUAAGCUUAUUGUCCGUGACACAGUUGAGAUCAUCGACGAGCUUGAGAGCAUGGUAAAGUCUAUGAAGUGGGAGGUUCGCAUGACUUACUCCAAGGAUAACGAGGGCAUGCUAUGUGUCCAGAAGUCCAAGUGGCGCCCUAAGGAGGUGGAAACACUCAAGUAUGCUAUUCUUUAAGCAUGGAUGAGAAGCCAAAAUUCUUGGGUUUUGGGUGCUCAAAAUUCCUGUAUAACAGUGUACUUCCACUAUUAGUCAUGUAUCAUGUUAGUUAGGAAUCUGUAUUAGUUUUUUCCUGAGUAUUAAUUUUGAUAUCCCCUAUUUAUAUUUAGAGAUUAGUGGCUUUUACCUUGUAACAUGGUGCCAUAGUGUGAAGGAAAUUUGAUCAUGUUCUUGCAAAUGUAGAGAACAUUGAUUUAUAUGCACAAUAGCUAUUAUUUAAUGUCUACCAAUCCAGUAAUGGUAGCACGUAUUGCUUA